CUGUCACGCAGGCACACAAACUGCUCUUCCUAAGAACGGAUGCACGUCGUUCACGACGAGGGAGGCUGAAAUUUGGCCGCUGUGGCGUACAGCGCACAUGGUAGGCCACCACCGCUCUCCGUAUUUUCUCUGAUGAUAGGCUCCUCGGAGGCUGGAAUCCCGUUUUGGGAAGCUACAAAACUUUGAAAGGGUGGAGCAAAUUUCGCCCCUUAUAUGCAAACGCAGUAAUGAGUAAUUCGCCCCUCAGCUGUACCCUUUUUCGAUUUUCACCACGCUCGGCUUGUGAGGUCGCAACUUAUAAAAUGAAGUCAUCGCAAAGGCCUCCUGAUUCCCCCAAGUAUUGUUCUCCCAGUCUCUUCUGCUGAGCAGACUGUCGGCGUGCUUCCUGCGGUAGAUAUGGCUUUGUCUUCUUCCUUACUCCUUUUGGCUCUCGCCUGUGCCCUGUUCAACGUUUCGUUCGCAUGGCGAGGGCUUCAUGUUAACGUUGCUGAGGGACCUGCAGGAACCCUGCAGGAGAUGACGAACGCGGAGAGGUUGACGAAGGGUCUUCCUCUCAAGAAGCCUCGGUUCAACCGCCGUGGCGGGAACGGACAGCCCACGCCAUCCUCUGCAUUCACCAGUAUCACGGUGCCGACCCCGUCUAUUUCGAUCAUCGUAUCUAUCCCGUCUACUUCGCCCACCCCGACCGUCACCCCCGGCACCAUCGCGUGUGCCCAAGCAACCGGCACGAUCAAAGUCACCUCAAAGGACGGCUCACUCAAUGGCCACAUGAGCCCUGCCAAUGAGGAGGGUCUCUAUGGCUACACCACCGACGCCUCAUCGGCGGUGAAGUUCACGUACAGCUCCUGUGCUUCAGCCCCGUUUGAUAUCACUGGAGAAGCCACUGAAUCAGAGGGCACGACGUUCGAUCUCCUCGGCGGCGUCCAGGACUCGCGCAGUGGCUGCUUCCUGAUUGGAAACGUCCCGCAGACCGAACCGCAGUCGAGCCCGAUGACGCUGCCCAAUCCCUUGGCGAGCAUCCUCGGCCUCUCGGCCUCCCAGGUCUCCAGCUCGAUCUGGAGCGUCGGCGACAGAGCCUUGACCGCCUACCUUCCUAGCGAUGGCUCUGACACUGCCGCCACACCCAUCACCUACAACACCGGCACUGGACUCUUCGCGUUCAACCCGGAUGGCAAGUGCACCGGUACGGACACGACUUUCACCUUCGUGUCCGCGUAA